AUGGUUCAGACGUACAGAUCACCUGUACGUAUCUAUAAGCAUCCGUUCGAGAUAGUUAUGGCGGCUUAUGAAAUGAGAUUCCCAACUUGCCCACAAAUUCCGAUUUUCGUCGGCUCCGAAGUGACAUAUGAAUACAACAGUGACGAUGGUGCCGAGUGGGUCAUUGAUAGAAAGUGUCAGCUGAACGUUGAAGCGCCGUAUCUAGUAAAGAAAAUCGCCGGAGUCGAUUAUGUCUACUUCUCGCAGAAGAACUCCUUGGAUCGUCGAAACAGGACUCUCAACAUCGAAGCCACGAACAUCUCAUUCGCCAGCAGAAUCAAUGUCAAGGAGAAUUGCACUUAUUAUGUCCAUGCUGAGAACGAGAACUGGACCUGUUUCGAGCAAUCUGCCUCUCUCGACGUCAAAAAUUUCUUCGGCCUUGAAUCUGCAGUUGAGAAGCUUGCCGUUCGUCAGUACGGUGCGAAUUUGGCGAAAGGAAAAGAGAUUCUGGAGUUCUUCAUCGAGGAACUUCUGAAGACAACGACACAUAUCGAAAGAUACAGAGAUCCCAAUGCGGAGGAGACCACUUCGACAGCAGACUCUGCAAUCGAGCUGAAAGAGUCUUCAGAUGGCGAGCCAGUCGCCGUUCAUCAGAAGCCACCAAUGUUGGCUGCAGAAAACGAUGAGAUGAGGACCGCCCGUGCGACAGCGAGCUUUGACGACGCCGACUCGAAACUCGAAGCGGAGUACAUCAGAAGAUUCCUUGGACAGUUGAGCCCAUUGGAAGAAUCGAGACUUUGUGAGAUCAAAUACAGUCUCCAAGCACACCACAAGGGAAAGCUUCCUAACGAUGCCCACUUGCUGCGAUUCCUGCGUGCUCGAGACUUCGACGUCGCAAAGGCGAAGGAUAUGGUACACGCGAGCAUCAUCUGGAGAAAGCAGCACAACGUCGACAAGAUUCUGGAGGAAUGGAAUCGUCCGACAGUCAUCAAACAGUACUUCCCAGGAUGUUGGCACAAUUCUGACAAGGCUGGCCGACCGAUGUACAUUCUCCGUUUGGGACAACUGGAUACGAAAGGAAUGCUCAGAAGUUGUGGAGUCGAGAAUCUGGUGAAGCUGACGCUUUCAAUUUGUGAAGACGGGUUGCAACGAGCUGCAGAAGCUACCAGAAAACUAGGGACUCCAAUCAGUUCAUGGAGUUUGGUAGUGGAUUUGGAUGGACUUUCAAUGAGGCAUCUUUGGAGACCAGGAGUCCAAUGUCUUCUAAAAAUCAUUGAAAUCGUUGAAGCUAAUUAUCCAGAAACAAUGGGACAAGUGCUUGUUGUUCGUGCUCCACGCGUCUUCCCAGUCCUUUGGACCCUGAUUUCCCCAUUUAUUGAUGAGAAGACUAGAAAGAAAUUCAUGGUUAGUGGCGGAAGUGGUGGAGAUUUGAAAGAGGAACUUCGAAAACACAUUGAUGAAAAGUUCAUUCCCGAUUUCCUUGGUGGAUCAUGUCUCACAACGAAUUGUGGACUUGGAGGACAUGUUCCCAAAUCAAUGUACCUUCCUGUUGAAGAACAAGAAGGUGCCAGCUCAUCAGAAGAUCCUCUCCACUCAACCUACACAAACACAGCUACAUGGAGAGGUUAUCCAGUGGAAGUUGUGAUUCCAAUUGAAACCGCCGGAUGUGUGUUAACGUGGGAUUUCGAUGUGCUCAAAAACGAUUGCGAAUUCAGUCUCUACUUUUCAACAGAGAAAAUCGAGCAGCCAGCAGUCCGUGACGGCGCACAGUCCCCAACAACGAUUCUGAAUCCAGUGGAGAUGGUUUCCGCGGCCAUCGGAGGAGCCUCUCACCAGCAUCCGGAUCUUCAGUGUGCUCCGGAAUUGAAAGUUGGAACACCGCAAUUGAGUGUCGAGGAGAAGCCAGUGUUGUUCCAGGAGGGAGACUCCAUGCAGGGAUCGCAUUACUGUUCUCGAGCUGGAACGUACAUCAUGCAGUGGAGAGUUCCAGAAACCACUGCCGGACACUCAUCAACGUUUGAUUUCGGAUCACACAAAGGAUCAGUCGCCUCUCUCGAAUCUUGCCGCUCUUCAUCGUUCAGUUCAAUUGCCCCGCCAACUCCACCGACUCCAGGAACUCCUCGUAAAUCAUAA